ACAAGCCACCCCAGUCAACCAGUUCCUUAACAACCCUUGAGUAGAGCGGACAGACUACCCAGAGGACAGACAUAUAGACAGAGACCAACAGAGACAGUGAGAGGGACAGAAUAUGCUCUUCCUAGCCCUUUUCCUGGGCAUCAUGCUCUGCACAGCACAAGGUGACAAAGAACCCCCUGCCAGUGAACCAGUUGGCAUGACCAUGGGGGACCUUAAACCAGUCUUCCUCCCAGCCAACCCAGAGUUCAGUCAGGCUCCCCCAGACCCGGUGGUAGCCCCUACGCCUCUAUGCUGUGGAGUGGAUGAGCUGAAACAGUUACUCUCCCAACAUACCCGGGACCAGCGAGAAGCUGCUACCUGGAAAGGAGAGGUGGUCAAGGCGCUGUCUCAGCUGGUCCAGGAGCACAGAGAGGUGUCCAGUGGCCAGAGGGAGGUCAUCAACCUUCUGAAAGCCAUGAAGGACCAGGGAGCUCAGCACCUGAAUAACCUGCAGAACCUGGGCAGACACCAGAGUCUUCUGGUGGAGAACCACCAGGCCCUGCUGCUGCAGGUGUCCCGCAUCUCCACCCACCUCCAGGACCUGGCCAAGAAACCCAACGCUGCCAGCCAAUGACAUGCUAAAAUCUUAACCUGCAUGAGACAGGCUGUCCAAUCAGGAGGAAUAAGCUUCAUAACAAACUAAGCAGCAGUUCAAUCCAGUUUCAGAUUGUGGGCAAUAACAUGCUACUAAACCAAAUUUGGUCAAUAAGGCAUACAAUAUAUAAUGCAUUGAUCAAGUCAAUUUGCUUGUAUGGAUUUAACAAUUAACUGAUGAACCAAUCACAGUCUGAUAUCCCAAUACUAAAUCACAUUAUCUGAUUUGUUUAUUUUUUACUGUUUUAGAUUAUAACAUCCAUGAUUGAUUACCAAUGUAUAGUAUCACUCUCUGAAUCGCCUAAAAACCAAAUAAACAGAUUCAAAAUAACA